AUGAAUGCAGUCCGUGAUUGUGAUGUCACACAAAAUUCACAAAAGAACAUGACUCUCUGUGGAAGGAUCUGCUCCGUCUUCAAGAGAGCAAGUCCACGGAAGAAUAGAGUCCGGGCUCAUCCAGCGAGAGAAGAGGAGCACAGUCGGAGCAAAGACACAGCGCCUGCUGCUCUUCCCCGGCCAAAGGAGAGGGCAGAGCCACGCAAGGAAGAGCUAGACGAGAAUGAAUCACAGAUCUGCUUCUGCAACCUGAGGAAUCUCCGGGAAGGAACGGGCCCCUUCCUGGUGCAGGCCUCCAUUGACAACCUGUGUGCUUUGGCAGAGACCAAGCUGGCCGGGGUCCUGCGGGCCAUCUGCAAGUAUCGCCAGAGUAUCCACAAGAUCUCUCCAAAGCAUCGGCUGCGCAUUAAUGAAAUCCUGCAGACUGUGAUCAGGUCGGCACAAAGCGUGGACUACAAACUGGCUAAAGUCAUCAUCAAACUGGCUGCUGAAGAUAUGCUGAGGACCACAGAUCUCCGCGACCUGUACCAGGAUGCAGCUGGUGACAUCCUGGUGGCCCUCUGGAACCAUUUCCCAGCAGAAGUGCUGAGCAAGCUCCUGGAUGGCUUCCAAGGGCGGCUGCUCCCAUACCGUAGCAUCCUCUGUGUUCUGGGGAAACUGGCAAACAAAGCCUUUACAGAGAGUGACUCCUACAAGACUGAUGUGUGGGAGCGAAAGCUGGUGGAGUUUGUGGAGCGGCUCCUGAUUGACGUCACGGACAAGGCCUGCUGUGCAGAGCUCAGCCGUGAGUUGAUGAGAAUCCAGCAGACCCAGAGUGGCCAAAGCCCAGAGAAGGUCUUUCUCUAUCAGUAUUAUGGGGCCAUCCUGCGUGUCUCAGAUGACUCUCAGUUAGUCCAGGAGCAGCUCGGCCAUCUCCUGGCCUUGCACCACAGAGGACCUUGGGAACCCACGGGCAUUGCUUCUGCUGUUGGCUUGGCUGCGUCUCGCCACCUCGAAGAGGUUUUCAAAGCCUUGGAGAACUUCAGCAAGGUUUAUUCCACCCACGAAACAUCUACAGAAAGCAGCAGCCAGGACUUCAAGUGGAACACCCUCCUGCUCUGCUAUGGGCAGGUGGCCCUGGGGAUGAAAGAUGAAGUUCUCCCAAGAGUGGACCUGAUUCUGUCCAAAUUGAUCGAGUAUUGCACCAUCAGCCCAAUGACCAUAAGCCUGAAGAAAAACUUUUUGAUUGCGGUGCUGAUGUUCCUUGAGGCCGUUUCUGCAACAGGAAAAGCACACAGCCUUCGAGUGCAUAUGAAAUCCCCCCUUGUGGAAUGCUUGAUAGUGCUGAUUGAGAAGGAGCCCAUCCAUGAGCUGACGGACACCGUGCGCCAAGACGCCAUGUACAUCGUGACAGAACUCAGCAAACUGAAGCCUCCCCUUGAGGCAGAGAAGAAGACCAGCCUCCUCUGCGCCUCCUUCCAAAGCAUGUUUUGCUUGGCCCCCUUGGAGAUCCUGGAAGGGCAAAUUGCGGCAGAUGAGCAGGAAGGCAACGUCAAAGGGCUCUACUUCCAGACCAUCAACAGCUUUGAAGAGAUGUUGCAGGCCCUGCUGCUGGAAAACCGCCGCCCAAGUGAGCUGGAGCACAUGAUGGAGCUUAUGGAGCCCUGGAUGAAGGCAAGAGUCAACCAUGUGCGAGAGAAUGCCGUGGAGACAGCCAUGAAGCUCUUGAAAUUCGUUGCUACACAUUUCCACUCAGACUUCUCAGGGGAAUUCUGCAACUUGGCUCAUCUGACGGCUGUCCUGAUUGCUCUGUGCAAUGAUCCGGUGCAGCGUAUCAGUUCUUUUGCGGUGCAAGGAGUCAGUUGCCUCUAUGAGGUCCUGCUGCGUCGGCAAGUGCUGAAGAAGAGCAAGCAGAAGAGGAUGAGGUGGUCAGUGAGGAGGUACUCGAGGUCCCAAGAAGAGGACGGCUUUUCUUUUCUGAUUCCGGAGAGCAGCUGGCACAUGGCCAUGCACUGUGAGGACCACCUUUUCCCGUCUCAGCUGACAAGCUUUCUGCUCUCCGCUCUGGAUAAUCUGAGAGGCUCCAACGCUGAGCUGCUAAAGGCUGCAGAGGAAGUGCUCAAUGCCAUUCUGAAGAACCACGCAAUGAAGGUGGAAAGGGUGAAAGACAUUGUUGGUGCCAUCUACCUGUGUCUGCAGCAGCGCCAGCACUCCUGCUGGACCCGGAAGGUGGUGCUGAGGGCCUUGGCCUUCAUGGUCCCUUACCACAUGGAGGAAGUGAUGCAAAGCUGCCUGUCCUUCUCAAUACCUGUCAACAGGCAUGCCAACGAGCUCUGGGCAGUGAUGGCUUCUGGCCCCCAGGUGGCCAUCCAAGUCUUGCAGCUCCUGCUGAAGCACCUUCAGGUCAAGGAUCCCCUGGAGAGCAACGAAGAAAGUGCCACCAUGUCUCUGGCUGCCAUGAACGUCAUCUAUGAGACCUUCCAAAUCCCAGGAUACCGCAAGGCCUUGGCAGAGAUGCACCUGCAGUUGUUCAUCCCCUUGCUCAAGCAGGUCCUGUAUGUGAUGCAGCUGGACUUGCCCGACUCUUUGAAAGUCAGGCAGGAAAUCCUCCUCAAAGAAAACACCAGUGCCCUCAGCUUCCAGAGAACUUCAAUAGAGAUCAUGAAGAACCUCUUCUCUGUGGCUGGAGACUGGGCCGUCUAUGCCUGCAUCGAGUUCCAGCAGGGAUGGAUGGUGCUGAGCACCCCCAAUCGCUUCUUGCAAGGCACCCGCCUAAUGGCCAGGGCCAUGACCGAGUGCGACAGCCCCCAGAUCCCCGGCAUCUUUGGGGAAGCGGCGCUCAUCCUCAACAGCGAGGAGGACGAGAUGAAAAAGAUGACUGCGCUGGCUCUCGUCAUCGAGUUCCUCAAAAGCUCAUCCGCUGUCAAGAUGAUGAACCGGUUCAGCCUCCGAGACCACCUGGAGGAAGGAUCAGCAGCCACCAACCCCGUCAUCAAGGAGCUGUGCCUGAAGGGGCUCAGCAGCUUCGUCUUCCAGCCGGGGAAGGUCAAGGUUCUCCGUGAGGAGCUGCCCACCCUGAUUGGCUCUGUCUUCAGUGGCCGGGAACAAGACAUCCUGCAGGGCCUGCAGGACAUAAUGACUGCCAUCUAUGAGAUGGACGGCCAGGGGAUCGGGCCCCUCUCCAUGGACCUGGCCCUGAACGUGCGCUCCUUUUUCGAAGAUGAGCGAAGCCCCGUCCGUGUAGCAGCCAUCUCCCUGUUUGGGCAGCUGGUGAUGAAGGCCAAAGAAGCAGACAAGCCUCUCCUGAGGAAGGAAGUCCUCUACAGCCUCCUUUCUCUGCUGCUUCACCUGAAGGACCGAGACGGCACAGUAGCCAUGAGCUGCAAAUUGACCCUCCUGCACUGCGGGGUCUUCCUUGGGUGGGCCCACCUGAAGCUGAUGUUCCGGAGCCUGGCCUGGGAUGACUCCCGGAACUGCGUGGUGAAUGUGUGGAAAUACCUGAUGAGGAACCACCACGAUGACAUCCACGUUUUCAUAUCCCAGGCCUUGGGAUACCUCCAUCACCCCCAGGUGGAAAUAAGUCAUGCAGCCGCCCGAUUCACAGGUCACACUCUCAACUACUACAGCUCUGAGCUGUCAAAAAACCUUGAGCAGGAGGACAUUGUCUACCUGAGCAAAGUUUUCCAGGAGAUUGAGUCCAGCCCAGACCCCAUCCUGGUGCACUUUGCAAAAACGUACCGGGUGGUUUUGCAGAAGCUGUCAGUGAAGCGGAGGCUGUCAGGUGCUGGAGAGAAGACCACCCCAGAGACCAAAGGCAGCCCUACAGGUGAGACACAGCCAGCUCAGUUUGACAGCAGAGCGCCCAGCCCAAUGCUGCUGCUGCCACCAGAAUCGCCAACGCCACGCCCACCACUGCUGGAAGGGGCUGCAUUUCUGGGCUUGGAAAGUCCCAGGAGAACCAAGCGCAGCAUCACCCAGCGAGGGAAGCAGCCCACUGAGUCCAGCCGAGGAGACCGAAGGCAUUCAGCUGAAGCCCCGGCUGGGAUCUCCACUCCUUCCAGAAGGUCCGCCAGUGGUGGGAGGAAGCAGAGCCCUCAACAUGCAGGUGCCCACCUGAGCCAGGUGGACGGUCGGCCAUAA